UUUUGGUACUCCACAGAUAUGUACACAGGUGAGUAUCUAUGCAAAGAAGCAUGUCUCAUACCGAGGAUGAAGACGACCCGUUCCCCGUAGAUGACAACCUGUUUACUGAGACAUUUUCUCUGGAGUCUGUGUACACGCUGAUGGGAGAGGAGGUGCGGAUCAAACAGCUGUUCGGUGCCGACCUCGGCGUGGCUGCGCCGGUCUGGGAGGCUGCGUUACACCUGUGCCGUUACUUGGAGGAUCAGUCCGUGGAGCUGAGAGGAAAGCGGCUUAUAGAGCUGGGAGCAGGCACCGGUGUGGUCGGUAUUGUGGCAGCUCGCUUGGGUGCAGAGGUGACUCUCACAGACCUUCCUUUGGCUCUUCCACAGCUUGAGGCCAAUGUCUCUGCUAACAAGCCUUCUGGCGGCUGGCCUUCUCUCCCUCCCACUGUCCUCCCUCUGUCCUGGGGUGAGGAUCACAUGAACUUCUCCUCUGACUGGGAUCUGGUGCUCUGUGCUGAUAUAAUUUACCUCCCAGAGACUUACCCCCUGCUAGUGGAGACUUUAGCUCAUCUGUGCGGCAAAGGAGCCCCGGCGUAUCUCUCAUCCAAAAUGCGAAAAGAGCAUGGGACUGCAGCUUUCUAUGAGGAGUAUCUACCAAGCAGAUUCAACGUGGAGCUUGUGUACCAAGAUGACAAACAAAACAAUAAUAUCUACAGGGCGUCUUUAAAAACAAACCAGUGACAACAGGUCUUUUAGAAACAGUAGAUUUAUUUAUAUAUUUAUAUGUCUGUUAUUUAACUUAUUUACAGUAUCAGAUCCUGCAAAUUGAUCACAUAUACAG